AUGUCCAUGAGGUCGCAUAGAGUACCAGAUGAAUAUGUGCGGUGGACGAAGCUACUUUAUGCGAAGCCUACCAGCGUUGUACGAUGUGCUGCUGGAACAAGCAGGCCAUUCCCUGUACAAGUGGGGGUUCAUCAGGGUUCAUCCCUCUCACCUCUGCUGUUCAUACUGUGCAUGGACACGAUAACGAAGGAAAUCCAGAAGCAGCAUCCGUGGACUCUACUCUUUGCCGACGAUGUCAUGCUCGCGUCGGAGUCUCGAGAUGAUCUUCAGAAACAAGUGCAGUCUUGGAAGGAUCAGCUGCAACAAUAUGGAUUGCGCCUCAACACAUCAAAAAGUGAGUACAUGGAGUGCGGACCAAGGAUAGAGGAUGGUUCAAUUCGUGUCGAUGGCACCGAAUUAAACAAGGUGAACUGCUUCAAGUGCCUUGGAUCCAAAGUGACUUCCACAGGCGACAUUGAUCAAGAUGCUCGAGCACGUGUUAAUGCUGCAUGGAUGAAAUGGAAAAUGGCAAGAAGCGUACUGUGCGACAAGAAAGUCACUGUUCGGCUGAAGUCGAAGAUCUACAGGACGGUUGUGCGUCCUGUUGCCCUUUACGGAUGCGAGUACUGGCCGACAACGAAAGCCUUGGAAAGAGUGCUGCACGCUACGGAGAUGCGGAUGUUGAGGUGGACGAUAGGUAUAACGGUAAAAGAGAAAGUAUCCAACGACACUGUGCGCUCCCUCUUCGGUGUCGUCCCGAUAACUGAGAAGAUGAAGGAGGCGCGACUGAGAUGGUUUGGCCACGUCUUGCGGCGGGAGGAAGAUUCUGUUGCCAAAACCGCUCUGAAGCUCGACGUUUCAGGAGUGAGGCCGCGCGGGAGGCCAAAGAUUCGCUGGUUAGACCGUGUGAAGCUGGAUAUGAUAGAUGCACGUUUGUGUACGGCUGAUGCAAUGGAUAGAACCAAAUGGAAGACAAGAAGCAGAAAAGCGGACCCUGCAACAACGCGGGACAAACGCCUUGAAGAAGAAGAAGAAGAAGAAGAAUUAUUUCAGCUAUUCUCCAGGCUAUUUUUAUAA